UUGAAGUUGUUGAAGCUUGCCGUCGCCGUCUGCGACGCAGUCGGUCAGACUUGUUCGGUAGCCUUCACGGUGUGGACGCGUGUUUUUAUUCCGUCGCUGGCCAUUAAAUUUUGUGCCAAAGUUUUGCAAACGUUGUUGUUGUUGCUCAUUGCUGUUGUGUCUGUGUGGUGUUUUUUUUUCAUUCCUCCCUCGUGGGGCUGCCUCAUCUGCUUUGGGGUGCAUUUCUAGGGCACCUCCUUCACCGCCGCAGCCGUCGUCAUCGUUUGUGUGUAAAAAAAUACAUGGUGCUAGUGCUGCUACAGCUGCAGCCCACUUCGGUGUUGUAAAGCAAAAUAGUGAGUUUGUGGUGCCUGUUGUUGGAAGAGAGCUCUCGUUUCGAAGGACUUUUCCUACUACCGCCACACGGAGCCAGGCAAUAGUGUCGCGUUCGACGUCGUUGACCUAGAAAAAUUAGGACACGCUCUCCGGUCGGUCGGUCAUCGGUGUGCUUGAACCAAGAAAACAAGGUGCGUGAUCAAGAAGUUGACUCCGGGAGAAGUUCUUUCUGUCCUUGUUUCUGUACCUAUCUUGUGUGUUUGCAAAUUGGGCUCAUGAGAGUAUGGUGACCGAAUUUCGUGAUCGAUUCAACGACGAAGGUUUGAGACGGCGAGCGCUGCUGUGAACAGACAGAUCAAAAAAAAGUAGGUGGACCAAAAUCUAGUUCUGUCGAGGAGAAGUUGUGUGGUCUUUCGGAACGCAAACGGCAGUAGUGGACCUUCAGGGUAAGUGCGUUGCCUGGUUUUAUCGUAACAACGACGACGGCAAGUAGCACCAUCAUCAUCAGCAGCAGCGUCAUCAUCAGCUACUACUUGGCCGAGUGUGCCACCAAGCAGCCAACCAACCAACCGCCACGACCCAAUCAACGAAAAAGAGGACAAGGAAGUUCGCCAGAAGCCAGUCGUCAUAGAAGCAGAAAGCAAUGGAGCCCACCGGCGACAGCAAGGGCAGUAGCAGUGUAGAGCAGAUCAAAGUGGAGCCGGACUUUUACUUUCCGGCAGCGGACGUGGUCCUGGACGACGAUGAAGAUGAUCUGGACGGCGAGGAACAACUGGAGAUGUAUCACAUCGACCUGGACAGUCCGGUGAAGCAAAUGUUAGUGGGUGAUGAAGAGCAGUUUGAUGUGAUAAGUGAUUUCGAUGAGGAUGAAGACUCUGAUGAGGAUGAGGACGGUGGCGGCAGUAUUAGUGGUCAGGGAAAGAAGUUCGAGUGUGAAGUUUGUGGGAAACAGUUCUACAGUCCGGGUCACCUCGCCAGACACGGAAGGAUUCACACUGGGGUGAAACCAUUCCCAUGCACGCACUGUGAUAAGGCAUUCAUUGAGGCGUCCAGCCUGAAGGUUCAUCUUAGGACCCAUACGGGCGAGAAACCCUACCGGUGUGAAAUCUGCGACAGACACUUCACUCAAUCCUGCAAUCUGCAAUCUCACUACCGGCGCAAUCACGGAGUCGAUCCGAAAGCCGACCCCCAGCUGUUCAACCAGAUGCGUCAGCAACAACAGCUGAGCUUCAGUUCGUCGCCAUGGCCAUCGCCGCAGUCCGUCCGGGCUAUGCCAAAGCUAAUUCCGAAACCGGCCGGACAACCAUUCCAGUGUUGCGUUUGCGACGAGCCAUUCUUCGAUCGGGAUCUGCUGCUGAUCCACGAAGAAACCCACGUCCCGGAAGCUCCCUUCGAGUGCCGUUUCUGCAGCACAAUGUUCUCGGUUCUUCCCGAUCUCAGAUCUCACGUGAAUGUUCACAAGGCCAGUUUGCAAGGCCAACCUCAAGCCCUUCAUUCGAUUCGUCAGUCGACUGCGGGGAUUCGCGUUUUUGCCAAUGGCCCCGUUGCCAAGCGCAGACUAGAGACACAGUCCGAAGCUGCUAAUGCCAACGCCGUUCUGAACUCGAAUCAACCGUUCGAGUCGAGUGGUGACGAUCACUAUCCCUACAAGUGCGUCGAAUGUAAGGGCACCUUCCAAAAGCAUGAGCUCUACUACCACAUGAGGGCUCAUCUGAAGCAGAAGAAUAUCUUCUCGAAAAAGAGCCACAAAUGUGACCACUGCGAUAAGGUGUUCGAGAAAGACCUCACACUGAAAAAGCACAUGGACAUGGCUCAUCCCACCGUUUCGAGUGCGUCCUCCGGCGAUGUCUCGUUCCUUCUGGAAGCACUGAAAACUGAUGCUCGAUCGUUGUCCCCGGAGGCAACGAAAUCUGGAAAGGUGUCCGUUUCUUCGGAGGUGGAACUGGAACCGCCUGUCGAGGUGAAACAAGAACCGGAAAGCGCUCUCGGGGAUGACGAAGUCAACUCGACGGUUUCGGAUAAUCCCAUUCUGACGCAGUUGCUAAACACCAGUAGUAGUGAACAGCAGCAGCAGCAACAGCAAUCGCAGCAAAACUCCCGCAAUGGCACGCCGGUCAAUGCCGUGGACAGUGAACUGUCGAAUGAGGGCGGCUUUGUGAUCAGUGCAGUGGCGACGGUCGACCAUAACUUUCUGGAGCGGUUGGAAAGAAUGGAACGGCAGCAGAAGAAGCUGCAGCAGCAGCAGCAGCAACAACAGUCGGAACUGCUAGAGGUGCAACCAGCGACGGUUUCGGUGCGCCGGAUGCCCGUGCUGGAAGAGAGCCUGCGCCGUCCACCGGUCACGAGCGCCAACAAGCCGGCUGCCAUGCCGCAGAUUCCAAUCAUCACCGGUCCGUUCCGUUGCUCCUUCUGUCAGAAGGUGUUCAACGAACACUUUGGCCUGCGGCAGCACAUGCGUGCCAUGCACUACUCCGAGAAGCGCCACAAAUGCAAGGAGUGUGGCAAAAAGUUCUCCCUGGGCAUCAGCCUGGCGGUACACCUGCGUGUUCAUACAUCGGUUCGCCCGUUCACCUGCAUCGUUUGCUACAAGACCUUCACCCGCUCGACGGCCCUCAACGGCCAUCUAUCGUCGCAUUCGUACGGCCGUGUGAAAUGUGCUGAAUGUGGCGAAACCCAGCUCAGCGUGUUCAACUACAUGGAACACAUCAAAAAGUUCCAUCCGGAUUUCAUGCAGAAUGUUGCCACCUACCGGACCAAAGCGGAAACAUUGAUGCAACGACGUCGUCAGCUGAUUCUGGAAAUUACACAAGGACUGGCUGAACACCGGUCGGAAAUACCGAACGUAUUGGCACGUCUCCGGGGAGAGGCAGGCUCUAAACACACCAGAAGCGAAGAACGGAACAACGACGACGAUGAAGACGAAGUGAGUUCCAGCGAGCAGGUCGAAGUCAUCAAGCGGGAAAGACCCGAUUCCAGUCAAUCCGAGGAGGUUAGCUCCGCAUCGGAAGAGCAUGACAUUCGGCGGUCGCUAAAACGAGAAUCUCUACCAGCACUUCGCGCCGAGUUGCGCAAGCGACCUCUCCGCAGCAACACGACCACCAACGAAUUAGACGAGUCGGUGUUGCCACCAUUCCGAAAAUCCGCUCGAACCGCAGGGAAUUCCUCGCCUAACUUGAAACGUCUUCUCGAACAGAAUAGUGCCACCUUCUCGGCCGGAAACAGUGAGGCUACCGAACAAGAGAUACCACCAGCAGUGACGGUGAAAAAUGAACCAUCCGAGUAAAUUGAUGACGCUCGGAAUUGAUUUCACCAUUAUUUUGUCUUCAAUAGUUUUUUUUUUUCGUUCGUUUAUUUGCAUAACAGGUGUACAUAAUUUUGCUUAUUUUGCCAGUAAGAAGAACUAUGCCGUUAGGAACAAGACAUUACAUCUAAACAUUGACCUCAAAUUCAUCUACAGUUAAAACUAUCAAUGCACUUAAAAACUCAUGUAGCCAUAAGCAAAAAGUAAAAUAAAGGAAUGUAAUUGCGAAA